AAAAAAGAAAUGCGAAAACAAGUUAUUCCAAUUUGCAAAUCCGAUUCCCAAUGCAAAUAAGUAACAGAAUUCACUUUACAUUUUCCAAACACCCUCUCUCUCUUCUUUCUCUCUCAUCACCAUGGCCACCUUCAUCCGCCUUCGCCUUCGCCUUCGCCUCCUUGGCGCCACCGCCUCGGCCGUCGCCGCCCUGUCCGGCGUCAGUUACCUUGGCCUCCGCGACCCGUCAGUCUCGGCCAACGACCGACUUGGGCCACCACUGGACGAUGUCCGGAGGAAGAUCGCCGACCCAUUCGCCACCGUCCCGCCGAGGGAGGUCCAGGAGUCGGCCCUAAUCGGCGCUAGCCCGGCCAACCCGCUCGACAUUCUCGUUGUUGGAGGAGGCGCCACCGGCUCUGGUGCCGCUCUCGACGCCGCAACGAGAGGGCUCCGUGUGGGCCUCGUCGAACGAGAGGACUUCUCCUCCGGGACAUCAUCGCGGUCAACGAAGCUAAUUCAUGGAGGAGUUCGCUACUUGGAGAAAGCAGUUUUCAAUUUAGAUUAUGGACAGCUGAAGCUGGUUUUCCAUGCUCUCGAGGAGCGUAAGCAAGUUAUUGAGAAUGCUCCACACCUGAGCCAUGCUUUGCCAUGCAUGACGCCUUGUUUUAGCUGGUUUGAGGUAAUAUACUAUUGGAUGGGCUUGAAAUUUUAUGAUCUGGUCGCAGGAGCACGCUUACUGCACUUGUCCAGAUAUUAUUCUGAACAAGAAUCUGUUGAACUCUUCCCGACUCUAGCAAGGAAGGGUAAAGACAGAAACUUGAAGGGAACGGUGGUUUAUUAUGAUGGACAAAUGAAUGACUCACGAGUUAAUGUUGGAUUAGCAUGCACUGCUGCAUUAGCAGGGGCAGCCGUGCUUAACCAUGCGGAAGUCAUAUCCUUUCUUAAGGAUGAGGCUAGUGAGAGGAUAAUUGGUGCACGUAUUCGAGACAAUCUAUCAGGCAAAGAGUUCGAUACAUAUGCAAGGGUGGUUGUUAACGCAGCUGGGCCAUUUUGUGAUUCUGUGAGGAAAAUGGCAGACAAAGAUGCAAAAUCGAUGAUUUGUCCUAGCAGUGGCGUACAUAUCGUGCUCCCUGAUUACUAUUCUCCUGAAGGAAUGGGCUUAAUUGUUCCCAAAACUAAGGAUGGACGUGUUGUUUUCAUGUUGCCAUGGUUGGGUAGAACAGUUGCUGGCACCACAGAUUCCAACACCCCCAUUACAUUUCUACCAGAACCACAUGAGGACGAAAUUCAAUUUAUACUGGAUGCCAUCUCUGACUACCUUAAUGUUAAGGUACGGCGCACAGAUGUUCUCUCUGCUUGGAGUGGUAUUCGCCCAUUGGCUACGGAUCCUAAAGCAAAGAACACUGAGAGCAUUUCCAGAGAUCAUGUUGUAUGUGAAGAUUACCCCGGAUUAGUCACAAUUACAGGUGGAAAGUGGACAACAUAUAGAAGUAUGGCAGAAGAUGCUGUUGAUGCAGCUAUAAAGUCUGGAAAUUUGAGUGCACCCAAUAAAUGUUUAACCAACAACCUGCGACUUGUUGGUGGCGAUGGAUGGGAUCCUGCAUCUUUCACAGUACUAGCCCAACAAUAUAUACGCAUGAAGAAAACAUAUAGUGGCAAAGUUGUCCCUGGAGUAAUGGACACUGCUGUGGCAAAGCAUUUGUCUCGCGCAUAUGGUACUAUGGCUGAAAGAGUGGCUGCUAUAGCUCAGAAUGAACAUUUGGGGAAGCGACUUGCACAUGGAUACCCCUUUCUUGAAGCUGAGGUUGCAUACUGUGCUCGGAACGAGUACUGCGAAUCUGCAAUAGAUUUCAUCUCCAGGAGAUGUCGGCUUGCUUUCCUUGACACUGAUGCAGCAAGCCGGGCAUUGCCACGCGUAAUCCAGAUUCUGGCUGCUGAGCACAAAUGGGACAAUGCAAGGCAGAAGCAAGAAAUAAGCAAGGCUAAAGAAUUUUUAGAAACUUUCAAGUCAUCAAAAAAUGCUCAGUUCCAUGAUGGAAAACACAAUUAGUAGGGUUACAAACAUGUUGAAUCGGAAAUUCAAGGAGCUGGAAUUUUUUCUCCUACAUUUUCUGCCGCAUUUUUUUUGCUUGUUAUUUUGCCGGGAAAUUUCCUACUGUUCUUUCUCCCGUUGUAUACCAGCACUUGUGGUUGCUGCCAACCCAUCUUCGGGUCCCUUAAACUUGUUUUAGAUAGUCUUUUGGCAAAACAAUGUCAACUUAUGACAAUUGUUGGCUGCAAGUGAUUGAGCUCUUUUUUUUGCCAGGUGUUGGCAGUGAUUUACUUAUUCUGUAGUUCAUAAGAAUAUGUGCAUUUGCUGUUGAUUUUUCAGGUGACUUGAAUUGGUGAUCAUACUUUGUAAUCUAUGACACAGGCCCUACAUUGAGAGCUUUAUGAUACAUUACAUAUUUUUAUUAAAUAAUUGUUGUGAGAAAAAA